UGAAUUUCUUCACCCAUGAUUUAUUCCGCAUCCCAACAAACAACAAACAACACAAGCGUCAGGGAACGACCGCGACGAGGGGGCGGGAAUGAGGGCGAACUCCAGGCGACAGCCCCAGGGACGAGCAAGCGGGAGAGCAGGCAGAGGAGCGACGCAACACGGCGGAAGGAAGGACGGCGACACCACCCAGAAGGCGGGCGAGCGGGAGAGCAGCGCCGGCAUUCAGAGGCUUCUCGCAUUGAUCCCCUCACGCGCAGGAUGAGAAUCGUACAUCAAGACACCUCUGCCGGGCAACUUGCUGGAAACGAGGGGAGGAUGGGGAGGCGAGGAGAGGAGAAGGAGGAGGAGGAGGAGGCCGGCGAGGCGGCGAGAGGCCCCUCCCGCCGCACCGUGCCAGGCUCUCGGCCCGCCCGGGCGCGCCACCGCGGCCACUGCCGCACGGUUGCCGCGGGGGGGUCCGCGCCCGUCGACGUGCCGCCCUGGGCCUCGAGCACCGCCUCCUCCUCCUCCUCCUUGCUCCUGGCGCCACCACCAGGAACGUCCCGAAGUACAGCGCCAGCGAGGGCCGAGCUGCCACCAGUGGGGUGCAAGCGGCGUGCCGUGCGGGCGGAGUGUCAUAUCAAGGAGAAGCGCUGGUCGAAUUGAUCGAAGAGGAUCAGGAACAGCGACGACCCCAAGAACCAGCAGACGACGUAGAAGCGGUAAGAGUUGCUGUUCUCCACGGCCCGCUGCAGGUGCUUCUCCGCGUUCUCGACGUAGUCCGUGGCCUCCACCGCAAGAUCGUGGAUGUUGUCGGCCAUCUCCUGCUGCUCGGCAACCUCGCGACGGCGCGCAGAGAAAGGGGAA